GUAUAAACAUGGCCUCGCGGUACAGUCACGGUGUUCAACGGGUUCUGGCAAAAUUAGAGGCCUCGUUAAGCUCAGAGAACUAUUAUGAGGCCCACCAGAUGUACCGAACUUUAUAUUUUAGAUACCUCGGUCAGAGAAAAUACUCGGAGCUCCUGGAAUUGCUCUACAGCGGAUCGAUCCGUUUGUUACAGCGCGAACAGCAUGCAAGUGGAGCCGACUUAGGAAUUCUAUUUGUCAAUGUUUUAACACAAUCUGGAACGGUACCUGCGCAAGGCUUCUUCGAGAAAAUCAUGAGCAUGUUUAAUUUGAUGAGCCCUAUGUCUCCAGAAAGAGAAGUGUUUAUGCAGUCAGCGCUCAAGUGGAGUAUAAAGGGUACAGAUUACAAAACUGGCCAUCCAGAUUUACACCAAAAGAUAGCUCAAAUUUUUUGGAGAGAAAAGAAUUAUAUAAUGGCAAGACAGCAUUUUAUAUACAGUAGAGAUGGUUCCGGAUGUGCCGCAAUGUUAGUCGAACUUCAUGAACAACGUGGAUACAUGAAUGAAAUAGAUCUUUUCAUAACUCAAGCAGUUUUACAGUAUCUCUGUUUACAAAAUAAAGCAACGGCACAAGAGGCCUUUAAUUCUUACACCUCAAGGCAUCCAAAAAUAAAUAGCGGCCCGCCAUAUCUUCUUCCUUUAUUAAAUUUCUUAUUUUUCCUAUUUAAAACCAUCGACAGUGGUAAACUAGCGGUGUUCACAGUUCUCUGUGAACAAUAUCAGAUAUCUUUAAACAGAGAUCCAUGUUAUCAACAGUACUUAGAUAAAAUAGGUCAACUUUUUUUCAAUAUCCCACCUCCACGUCCACGUAAUCAAGGAUUAUUUGGUUCGUUAUUGCAAUCCUUCUUCAAUGGUUUAGAGGAUGACGAUUUGGAUGAUGAGCAACGAAAUGCAGCUUCAACGUCGCACGCCAUACAAGAACUUGAUUGAUUAAAGGUGAGACAACACUGUGCAGUGUGAUGCUGAAUACUGAACUUUUAUAUAUUAUUCUUCGACCCAAAUACUUUCACUAACUGCACCUGUGUUAACCAACAAUUUCAUAUUGUGGACAUUAUAUAUACAAAACAAAAAAAGCUGAAGGAAUUAUUGUUAUUUGAAAAAAUAGUAAUAUGAAAUGUAGAACUUUGAGAGUACGUGGGACGACUUCUUAUGGGAAUUUAUCAAAGUUGUAAGUUAUGUACACUGAAUUCACAAUAGUAGAAUUCAGAUAGGCAUCUUGGUUAUUUUAUACAUAUCUAAUACUU